UGAUACGCGCUUACGUAUUUGUUUGGAGGACGCACACAUCCGAGUUGAAAAUGUUUGUCCACUCAGCUUGUCAAAAUGCGGCUGUUGGUGAAGAUGUAGCGCAUUAAAAACAUAUCGUUUCUAGUCGAUGAGCUAGUGAUAGUGAUAUGCUAUGAAGCUGACGCGGAAACUGGUUCUCGCUAAGGCAAAGGCCUCCGACCUGGACAGCGUAAAGAAACUGAACUGCUGGGGAUGCAACAUAUCGGAUAUAUCCAUCUUCUCUCAAAUGACCAACAUUAAGGUUCUCACAUUGAGUGUCAACAAUAUCUCGUCCCUGGCCCCACUGGCUGCCUGCCUGUCUCUUUGUGAGCUCUACCUGAGGAGGAACCUGAUUCCCUCACUGUCUGAGCUCUUUCAUCUGCGUCCUCUCACACGCCUCAGAGUGCUCUGGCUGGCAGAAAACCCCUGUUGUGGAAGUGAUCCAAGCCAGUAUCGACUCACCGUUCUGCGAUGCUUGCCUCACCUUCAGAAGCUGGACAACCAGGUGGUGACAGAAGAGGAGAUUGCGCUAGCUCUCAUGGAGGGUGAAGAGGUCACAACCCCACCAGGCAGCGUUCAAAGUCAGCUUUCCACCAAUGGACUGGCAGAUGUAGAGACAGAGACUGACCCGCUCAACUACAACAUGGUGGAAACCAAUAAAAUAAGGCAAGAGCUGGGGAUGAAGCCCCUAUCCAGAGACAAGUUCCCUUCUAUUUCUUCCCCGUCAACUAGAGAAACCAGACCUUUUAUGAGAAAGGGACACACACUUGAUGCGGUGUUGCUGCUGCUAAAGGACUUGGACGAAGAGGAGCUUAACAUUGUGCACACAGCUACGCAGAACAGACUCCAGACAUACACACUGCACUCAGACACGCUGAACAAUUCACUGCAGACACAGAAAAUGGCCGACAUCCAACACUGAAGAAUUUCACCACAUGCAAGGACCCAACAUCUCCCUUAUUUCUAAAAACUAGUUCCUUUUUUCAUUUGGGAACUAUCUGACUGCAAAAUGCAUGACAUAAUUUUCAUUAAUUCUUCUUUGUGAUCCAGUUUUUGAUUGUAAUAAAUAGCUGCUAAAUAAAUAGCUCAUCCUUAUAUUAUAAUCCUAAUAUUUCUGUAAUAAAGAAAAUAAACAUGAA